CGUUUAGUCAUCUGUUUUACAUUUCUUGGUUUUCGUUAUCUAGAAAUAAUGCUAUUUAUUCCACAAGUGAUCGUAGCAUUUGGAAUUAUUACAAUUAAUGAGUAUUUCUGUUUCGGCAUCCCUGGUGACAAAGGACUAAUUCUUGGAAUAUGGAAUCCUGCAACGAUAGCCACAAUCACAGAAAUACCAAGAGCCAAAGCAAGUUAUUUCACAAAACUCUCGACGUCUUUAGAUCCAUCAAAUGUGAAGAUAACAAGUAUUGCGUCUGAUGAAAAAAAUAAAAAUGUUUUUUUCGCUAUUCAAAACUCAAUUUGUGUAUUUCAAAACUUCAACAUUUGGCAAAAUGAAUCAAAAGCCAUUACACUUAGUCUUGCAUAUACAGGAAAAUCUGCAGCUUUUGGUCAAAUUACAUUUGACUUUGUUUCUAACAAUCUUUACUGGUGUGAUUCACUUCUAAACUGGAUAGCCAUGAAACCAGCGUAUGGAAAUGAUUCAAUACACAGAAUCGUGGUUCAAGAUGACUUAUAUCAACCAGAAGGCUUGGCACUAGAUCCCGAAGAUGGAUUGAUGUUCUUUUCUGACAAUGAUAUAAAUCCACGCAUUGAAAAGGCCUCCAUGAACGGAGAGAAUAGAACUGUAAUAGUGCACACCAGUAUAAUACAAAUAUUGGCCCUCUCUGUUGACACUGCCAAUGAUUUAUUGUACUGGGCAGAUCAUGGCAGACAAACAGUAGAGGUCAGCCAUUACGACGGGUCGAAUAGAAGAGUACUUAGAAGGAAUAACCAGGUUUCAUUGACAGGGAUUCACUAUCAUCAGAAUAUUUUGCAUGCUGCAAGCGCUAGCUCAGACCAGAUAUUUGGAUUCGAUGCAACAUCGGGGUCAGUACUCUACAAGUUAAAGAUGGCAUUUGCACAACCAUUUGCUGUUCAUGUUUAUGAUGCAGAAACAGCAGUCUCGUUUUCUGCUCCUUGUUCAUCUCGAGGGUGCCAGCAUA